CCAUCUGGACUCAGCUGAGUCACUACAGAGGAAACAAUGAGCUCAACACAGAAGGACCAACAUGGAGCAGGAGGUCCGAGCACUCAGGAGGCCGACAAGCCUCACAGAAGUAAGGGAGAAAAAAAAUACACCUGUGACAAGUGUGGGAAGGCUUUUACUCGGCCUGGAAACUUAAAAACACACCAACUCAUCCACAGUGGUGUUAAAGCAUUCAGUUGUGACUUGUGUGGAAAGUCUUUUACUCAAAAGAGUGCCCUAAAAACUCAUCAAAGCCUCCACAGUGGAAUUAAAGCAUACACCUGUGAUCAGUGUGGGAAAAGUUUCACAUGGAAACAAGGCUUAGAAAGGCAUAAGCUCAUCCACAGUGGAGUUAAAGCAUACACUUGUGAUCAGUGUGAUAGAAGUUUUACUCAAGGUAGCCACUUAAGGAUUCAUCAAGUUUCCCACUCAGGAAUUAAAGCAUACAGCUGUGACAUCUGUGGGAGAACCUUCAGCCAUAUAGAGAAUCGAAACAAACACCAGCGGAUUCACACUGGACAGGAUGUGUACUGCUGUGAUCAGUGUGGCAAACGAUUUGUAGCAUACAAACAUUUACAAAUCCAUAAAUUUACUCACACUGAUGAGAGACCCUAUAAGUGUGACUUGUGUGAUAAAGCUUUUAACGCUCCAUAUUCCCUGAAAGCACACCAACAGAUCCACACCAGAAAGAGACUCUUCAAGUGCAGUUACUGUGAGAAGCAGAGCGACACAGAUGGAUCCAGUUCUCAACUCUGUCCUUGCUUUGGUGGUGGGAAAGACUUUUUUUGUGACUUUUGUGGAAAAAUGUUCAGUCAGCAAACAAGCCUCAAAACACACCAGCGAAGACACACUAGACACAAACUGAACUACUGCAACAAAUGUGGGAAAGGCUUCCCCACUCCAAGUACAUUAAAACGCCAUGAACUCAUUCACAGUGGGGUUAAAAAGCACCUCUGUGAUCAGUGUGGGUCAUCGUUCAUCAGUAUAAGUCAGCUUAAAAGGCACAAGCGAGUCCACACAGGAGAGAAACCAUACAAGUGCACACACUGUGACAAAAGCUUCUCACAUUCAGGUAAUCGUAACCUUCAUGAAGCUACACAUAUUAAAGAAGAGCUAUAGCUGCGACCAAUGUGACAAGAGCUUCAGGAAUCUCACGUGGCAAAUGAAGAGUUUCACUGUUACCAGUGUGCCAAAACAUUCAUUUCAUAUUCUGCUCUCUGCAAACAUCUGCAGGAUCAUGAAGGGCUGAAAUCAUUCCCAUCACUGGAUCACAGUGAAUCAGAAGAGAGAGAAAGAACAGAGACUGAAAACCCUUGAGAUCAGGCUCCACAGAGUUCAGAUAGAAUCUCCUGUAAAGAUCUGAUGAGACAGCUAUGAAUGAAAAUGGUUCCCUAGUUCCAUUUUAAGCUUUCUAAACUGUUCUGCUUCAGUGUUCAUGUCGAGUGGUUCGCUUUGUUGUAGCAGUUGAAUGAAGAAAUCUGUUGUCGUGUUAUCAAUUUUUUAUUGAAUGUAUUUAAAAACGUGUUCUGCAGAUGUUUUCUUGUUAAGGGUUUUGGUGUUGUGAAAUUCUGCAACGGUUAAAUAAAAGUUUAAAAUGUUAAA